AUGCCCAAGCACAUCCCGAAGGAUCAGUACUCCGCCAACCCAUACGAGAUCGUCCCCAAUGGUUAUAUACACCCCGACAUCGAGCAUCACGACCACGCAGAAGAAGAGGCACACUACCUCCUCCCAGCCGUCUUCUCCAGCGACAAAGGCCUCUCUGUCAAGGGAAAAUACCCCGGUCCCGGGGUGUACUAUAUCACUGACGGUGAAUUACACUUUGAAGACUCGGCGAAUCCCGGGAGUGUCACUGUAGUGAAGGCAGGUUCGGUUGUGCACAUUGAAGAAGGCGCGGUUAUCCACUGGAAGGUUGGUCCUGGUGUUAAAGGGUUCGCCGUGUUCAAUGUACCUGUGUCUGUCAAGAGCUUUGACGAAUUCGUGGUCCCUGAGUGA